UUUUGAUGGGUGUAGUCUGUGUUUUUACUCUAAAUUAAAAAAAGGGGUGUAUAACGGAAUAUUAUAUUUUUAAUUGUGAUGGAUUAAGAUUCGGGCGUAUUAGUUAUUUUUGAGUGCAUAUAAUGCUAAUCUAUAAUCAUUGCACGCCCAUUAUACUGCGGGAAGAGAGAGAGACGGGCACAGAGGGAUGAAGAGGUCACUGAUAAGGCGCUGCUUCCAGACUUGCCGCUCUCUCUCAGAGUACAGAAACUUUGCUUCUCAUCCAAACUGUGCUGUCCUCGAUGAUCUUGAUAGCCAAGUAUUAGUUGAAGGCAGAGCUUAUUCAAGAACUGCAAUUCUCAAUAGGCCCUCAGCUCUCAAUGCUCUCAAUACCAACAUGGGUGCUAGAUUGUUAAAACUGUACAGAUCAUGGGAAGAAGAUCCCGAUAUUGGUUUUGUGGCUUUGAAAGGCAGUGGCAGGGCUUUUUGUGCUGGUGGAGACAUCGUUUCUAUCUUUGUCUUGAUGAAUGAAGGGAGGGUAGAAGAUUGCAAGGAAUUUUUUAGGACGCUAUACACCUUUAUAUACCUGCUAGGUACAUAUUUGAAGCCGCAUGUUUCUCUUUUGAAUGGGAUUACCAUGGGUGGUGGGGCUGGAGUAUCAAUUCCUGGGACAUUCAAGGUUGCAACAAAUAAAACUGUUUUUGCCACCCCUGAAACUCUGAUUGGUUUCCAUCCUGAUGCUGGUGCAUCCUUUUACCUCUCCCAUCUACCUGGGCAUUUAGGGGAAUACUUAGCACUGACUGGAGAAAAGCUUGAUGGGGCAGAAAUGAUUGCUUGCGGGCUUGCUACACACUACUCACAUAUCACAAAGCUUCAAUUAAUUGAAGAGCAGCUUGCACAAUUGGUUACAGAUGAUCCUUCUUCCGUGGAAUCUUCUUUGGAAAAAUAUGGUGACCUUGUCCAUGCAGAUAAGAUGAGUGUACUUCACAGGAUUGAAACAGUUGACAAAUGUUUUGGCCUUGACACAAUUGAAGAAAUAAUCGAUGUCUUGGAGAUUGAGGCUUCACGAACUAAUGACCCAUGGUGCACUUCUACUCUUAGAAGACUAAAAGAAGCUUCCCCAUUGAGCCUGAAAGUUUCCUUAAGAUCGAUACGAGAAGGUCGAUUUCAGACACUAGAUCAGUGCUUGGUUCGUGAGUAUCGAAUGUCUCUUCAAGGGAUAUCCAAGAAGAUUACCAACGACUUCUGCGAGGGAGUUCGGGCACGACUGGUUGACAAGGACUUGAUGCCAAAGUGGGAUCCUCCGACCUUGGAGCUGGUGUCUAGUGAUAUGGUUGAGCAGUAUUUUUCUUCUCUUAGUGAAUGUGAGCCUGAUCUUGACCUUCCAACAGAACAGCGAGAGGCAUUCACUUGAGUUUCUUGAAAUUGUGAGCUGAAAUGAGGGAAAUUUGUAUCCAUUACGUUGUUCUUUUGGAUGAUAUUUGCACCCCUUACAUAUGCUCUGUGUUUUUUCUUCAAAAAGAAGACCAUAAAACAAGUAAAAACAGUUAAAGAUA